CUUGAGUCGUCCGGGCACCCGUAGUUGGGAACGGCGGAACGCUGGUCCGGGCGCGCGGGGCGGUGUCGGGGCGAGGAGGCUUGGGUGGGCCUGGGAACGGGCCGGGUCCGCCGCUCCCCGUCUGGAGAACGCUAGCCUGUGCCGGACCUCGGGGCGACUUGCGGAGCGACUGGCCCAGUCAUGGCAGACUACUGGAAGUCACAGCCAAAGAAAUUUUGUGAUUACUGCAAGUGCUGGAUAGCAGACAACAGGCCUAGUGUUGAAUUUCAUGAAAGAGGGAAGAAUCAUAAGGAAAAUGUUGCAAAGAGGAUCAGUGAGAUUAAACAGAAAAGCUUGGAUAAGGCGAAGGAAGAAGAAAAAGCAUCAAAGGAGUUUGCAGCAAUGGAGGCAGCUGCCCUAAAAGCAUAUCAAGAGGAUUUGAAAAGGCUUGGCAUAAAGUCAGAAAUUCCAGAGCCAAGCAUCUCACCAGCAACUAGCACUGACCCACCAACCUCUACAUCAAAGCAGCCAAAAGAAAAGAAAAAAAAGAAAAAAGACUCUUCAAAGAACAGAUGGAUAGAAGGCAAGACUGCUGAGGGUUACCAUUACUAUUAUGAUCUUAUCACCGGAGCAUCUCAAUGGGAGAAACCUGAAGGACUUAAAGGAAACUUAAAAAAGACAACAGUGAAGGCUGUUUGGGUAGAAGGUUUAAGCAAAGAUGGUCACACCUAUUAUUAUAAUACGGAAACAGGAGAAUCCAAAUGGGAAAAACCUGAUGAUUUUAUUCCACACCCUGGCGAUCGGCUUUCUAAUAAGGUUAUUAACAAAAAGAUAGUUGGCACCCAAGAAGAGUCCAAAUCCUCAGAUUCACAUAGUGAUUCUGACAAGGAACGACAACCAGAAAAAGAACUCCCUACAAAAACACAAAAGCUAAAAAUAGUGUUUAAGGAAAAAAAAAAGAAUAAUGAUAAAAGAACUGUAUCUUUACCGCUAAAGAAUAAAGAAAUACAGAAAGAAAAAAAAAUCCAAGAACAGAGUUCAUCAGGGCCAAAAGAAGAAAAGCCCAAGGUUCGUAAAAAACCAACUCCAUAUGGAGAAUGGCAAGAAAUUAAACAAGAAGUUGAAUCUCAUGAAGAGGUAGAUUUGGAACUUCCAAGCAUUGAAAAUGAGUAUGUGUCAACUUCAGAAGCUGGUGUUGGUGGGGAACCCAAAGUCAUAUUUAAAGAAAAAACAGUCACUUCUCUUGGAGUCAUGGCAGAUGGAGUUGCCCCAGUCUUCAAAAAGAGAAGAAUGGAAAAUGGAAAGACUAGAAAUUUAAGGCAGCGAGGUGAUGACCAGUAAUUAGAAGAGCUUUAUGUAUAUGCUUUUUGGACAGAAUGAAUACUACACAUCUUAUAACUCCUGUGUUUGUUUCUAAAUACUUUGAUGCUAAAAAUUUAGAUUUAUUCUAAAUGUAUUUUAUGUGAAUUAAAAAUAAAUUUUUUCAUGUGAAAUUUAUUUUUGUUCCUAAAAUGGAAACCUACUACAUUGCAUUUGUAAUACAGUGUAUUAUGUUGAGUGUCUAAAAACUGCUACUUCUGUCAAAAAUUAAGAUGCUAUGUAUCUGUUAUUUAAAACAUGGAAAAGCAAGACCUUUCUAUUCUUACUCAUAUGAACAUACUGAGGCUGCACUAAAAAUGAAUUAAAUUUUACAGUUUGGUAUUAGCUGUUACCCAAGAAUUAAGAAUCAGACCAUCUAAGAGUCAUAGCACAAUGAUGAUUCUGUUUUGAGGAUUAUCAGAAACUGAUGUAGAAAGUAUAUGUGUAGUAUAUAGCAGACCUUACUAAUUUUACAAUCCAAGAACUAGGACUUCAAUGCAGGUACUUCAAAUGCUACUUAAUAUAGAGUGAAAGUUUGACCAAAGGUAGAAAUGACUUUGUCCACUUCAAUGCAAAGCAACAACUUACUGCUUAUUUUUACUUUGAAUGAGGUAUUAUGCUAGAAUUUAAGAAUAUAAAUAUAGCAUAUCACUAAUUCUACAUCAUUUAAUACUCUAGCAAUUCAUUCAAUUUAGCAGCCUUAUAAUAUCCCAGAAAAAUAUUUUUUAAGGUUUAUUUGAAGCCAUGUAGGUGCAGAAUUGAACAAAAGUAGUAAGGUCUCUGGCUCAGUAAAAGUUUUUAGUGUUCCCUUAGACCAAUUAUAAAUGUUGUUUCCUGAAUAAUUUAUAGAAAGUAGAACUCUGUUAUGUAAUUCAUUUGAAAUGGGUACUUUGCUUUAUUACUCCAGAUUUUUAACAUUAUAUUUUUUAUACAUUGUACAGUAUUUAAUGUUGGUAGUAUUUGUCUUUUUAAGGUUGCUAGUUUAAAUGUAAGAAAAUGGUAGCUUAUUAAAAACAUUAAAAAAAUAGUUUUUUUUCCUCGUGUUAGAGACAACUUUGCAUUGGUCUACAGUAUUUGGAAAUUUGUCUUUACAUCUGUUCAGUCUAUAUACUUGAGUAUGCCAUGCAUAUAUAGUGUUAUGAAGAAGUAUUUUAGGUUCUAGAUCACCCAUUUGUCAUUUAACUUAGGGGAGUGAAUUUGGGGUUUUGAUUCUCCUCAGUUGGACAAGAAUAUAAUUGAAUGAUAACAAUAUUUUACCCUAAUUUAGUUUGUACAAAAUAUGCAGUUUAAGACUUUUUUUGAAACUGUACACUAGUGUGUGGAGUGUUUCUUUUUGAUACAUUUACUAAACUACUUUGCCAUUUAUAAGGUAUUCUUAGAAGUUUGAAGGUAAGUAGGUCUCUUUAAGCUGAAGAUGAUUUUAAGGAUUGCUCAGAAAAGACCACAAAAUUACCAAAUCAAGUCAUGAAAAAUAGGACUCCUAUUUGCUUUGAAAAAAUAAGUAGAAAUUAUACCCAACAUAAACAUUCUUAAGAGCAUUAUAAAUUACAUCUAAAUUUAAAAGCACAUAGUUGUCCUGAUAGUUCUUCUAGAAAUUUAUCCUGUUUCUCACACUUGUGAAAAGUCACCUGUGUAAAAAUAAUGCAUCAUCAUUUCUGAGUCAGAAAUAGAAACAUCCUUAUGAUCUACUAAUACAAAACUAGUUAAAAUUAAAAGCUCUGACAAUUACUGAUUUUUUUGUCUAAUGAAGUUGGGGCUAGAGAAAAAUCUAAUGAUUAUCUUGAUACAUGCCAGGAAAAGUAUCUCAAAAUUAUUAUUAAUUGUAUAGAAGAAACCUCAACAGAGGUAGUAAAGGAGGAACAUAACACGACCAGUCAUAAAGAGCAUGUCAAGCAACUGAUGUAAUCUAGGUAGCUGGAUUUCCAUUGGCAAAAGCUUCCAUUGAUCCAUUUUCAACAAUCGGCAGAUAUCUUGGUUUAGUUCUACUUUUGAUGCCUGACUGACUUAAUGUAUAAUAUUCAGUGUUUACUUAAAAGAAUUUAAAUGCAUGGAGUUUGCUAAAAGACUAAAAUGAAUUUCUUCCAAAUAUGUAAAUGAAAAUAACCCAGGUGUUUUGGUACAAAAUACACAAUGGACACCAGAUUGCACCCUCUUGCUGUCUGUCUUUGCCCCUUUAACUGUCCUCUGUGUAUUUAUUGAACAUGGUUGAAUGUAUUGAAGUGGUUAGUGGUCAUGUUAAAACUGAAAAGAUUAAGGGCCCUCCCUGGUGACAAUGGGUUGGAAAGCUGGCAGGGCCACUUCAGUGUGAGUUCAAUCCCUGGCUCUGGAGGUGAUCCACAUGGCAUGGCAGACCUCUCCUGA